GACUUGAACUUCAUCACAGCCUGCUCCUGAGUGCACUCUUGGACUAAAGACAAGAAAAAGGCAGCAUGGAUUUGGUGUCCUCCGUCCUGUCCACUCUUUCUCUUCCCCAAUUCUCCAUCCUGGCCCCUGACCCCUCUACCCCUCCAUCUUCCACUUCUCCUCCUCCUCCUCCUCAGCACUCUGACGCUCUGUGUGGCAGCUGCCCGUCCUCUGGUUCUGCCCCACAGCCUAAUGGCCUCUGGCCCGCCCUGCCCCAGUCUUCACCCUCAUUCCCUUCAUGGCCAGCACCACCAACCCAGCCUGCGCCCUGCUGGCCAGGUCAGCCCAACACACCCUGCUGGCCUGGGACCCAAACAACUCCAUACUCUGUUCCUGCACCAGUGUUAGUUCCAGCUCCUGCUGCACCCACCCCUGCACCCACCACGCCCAUAGCCCCCGCUCCAGCUCCAUUUCAAUAUCCAGCCCCUGUUCAGGCCCCAGGGCAGCCAUGUCAGCCCUGCUGGCCAGGCCCCCAAUACCAGACUCCUCAGCCACCCGCUCCGAUUCAAGCUCCAGUCCCUGGUCAAGUCUUAACUCCAGCCCCAACUCCAGUGCCAGUCCCUGCCCCCCCUCCUUCCUCCAGGUGGCUCGGCCAUCCUGGUUGGCACAAUAAUCCUGGCCAGUCAGGAUGGCCCGGCCAGGGUCCAAACUUCAUGCCUCCAAACUGGCUCCCACCCACAUCUGGACCUCUGAGUGUACCAUACAACUUGAACCUGGCCAGAGGAGUCUAUGACAAGAUGAUGAUGACCAUCCUUGGCCAUGUCAAACCUAACGCUAAAAUGUUCACAGUGAACUUUCUGAGAGGCAACGACAUUGCCUUUCACAUCAACCCCCGUUUCUGCGAGGCGGGUAAACAGGUGCUGGUCCGUAACCACAAAUUGGGGGAGCGCUGGGGCCCCGAGGAGAGGGAGCUGAAGCCGGGACCCUUCCCUUUUGCCCUUGGGAGCCCUUUUGAGAUGAAGAUCAUGUGCACUAAGGAUUCAUUUAGGGUGGCAGUCAACAACAUGCCGCUGUUUGAGUUCAAACAUCGCAUCAGAGAGCUCAACCGGAUCGAUAGGAUCAACAUCCUGCAUGAUGUUGUCCUCACCUACGUCAACGUGGAGACACUUCCAUAGAAAGCUAACUUAUACUCAAACAGUGUAUGUGUCAACACAUCAAGGAUGCAUAUCAUGUGGACAUGCAGGACCUCACACACACUGUCUAUAAGCCACAUCAGAGUGGUAGUGUGUAAAAUUAAUAUUUAUGACAUGAGCUGAGCUCUUUUUAUGAUUAUCCACAGUAAGCUCAAACUACUUCCUUAUAGCUAACCUCUUACUCAGCUAAAGCUUUCUUGUUUAGCAUGAAGAUGCUGCUGUUUCUAUUAUGUACAAUAUUUUAAGUUACACUAACUUAUUAUUGAUAGUGCACCUAUCAUGACCAAAAGCAUGUUGGAUGAGUUUUGUUAACUGUUGUGGUUCUUAAAUAAAAUGAUCAGUCAGAAACUGG